AUUCACCAAAACAAUUCGAAUACUCAUCGCAUCUACGCCUGUCUAAUUCAUAUCCUACCCAAGUAUCGCACAUCAUCCUAUUCUUAACGAUGACGACUACAUAUAAUGUCUACAAAGUUUACUUUUCACAAGCUUCUGGUCCAAGCCAUGUCGGAAUAGCUCUCGUCCCUGCGCAGCUCAUAGAUCAAGGCAGGGGUCGCUUCUAUCACGUCAAAGGAAAUGUGGGAAUGGGGAUGGACUACGAAUCGCGACCAGCCUAUAACUUUGCGAGGUCGAAGUCGUAUGAGAAAUCGGAAUGUGUCUGCCAGUUGCCGAAGUCAAAUCUCGAAAAGUUCGAGGAGAUCGCAGCCUCUCAGCCACCGCCCCAUGACGAACGAGUCUUUUUCGAAAAGAACCCAGAUCCACCUGCUCCGGACUGCGCCACCUGGGUUGAUGAAGUAAUGGCACAGGUUCAACAACUCUCGUAGAGGGGAAUUCACAGUCGCCAAUGGAGCUUCCAGUCUUGCAUGCUGUAGCGGGGUGGAAUUCUUCUGUUGUGGUUUUCGCUGUAAGAAGAUAAACAAGUGGACAGGAGAGGGCGUGGCGUGGCUCAAGAAGCAAAAGAACCGUA